CUGUAAGCUGGGCUGUGUCUGGACGGCCGCGUUAGGAGGCGGCAGCUGAUAGCUCCUGGAUGUUCAACGCAGUUUUUGCAUUCGAGUGUCACCUUGCAGCAGCCCUCAGCUCACAGGGCCCGUUCUGUUCCUUAUUUUUCAACUGCCCCUUUCCUCCCGAGCCCUCUUGCUGGCCGGUGUUGCCACAUGCAGGAAAGGGGGUGAUGGGGGGUGUAGCAGCCCCGAUGUUUAAUCUGGGGUUGAACUACUGGCUGGGUCAGCUCUGAGCGGCUGAGCGCCUUGCUGAAGCAACGUUAUUUUUCUCGGGAGCUGCAAGGCAGAGUAACCUCUGUCCCGGGUGAUCCGAUGAGAAAUCACCUCCUGGCCGGGACCCAAACAAAACAUGGGAUUAACUUUGCCCUGCAUGUGUGCGUGCUGGUUUGCGGCUGUUAAGAGCUGGCGAGAUCGUCCACCCCCGUCAGCCUGGGAGGAGGUGUUUCUGGAGACAUGGGAGCCAAGCUGCUCUGCCUCUUCCUCGCCUCUGCCCUCGCUGCUUACUACAUCUACACCCCCCUCCCCGAGGACAUCGAGGAGCCCUGGAAAGUGAUGCUCAUCACGGCUGGCUUCAGGGCUGUCGGGCAUCUGGCUGAGGUUGCCGAUCAGCUGGGCCUGAUGCACUACAUGGAAGCUCUGAUGCUGAUCACGUCUGCCGAGUACGUCGCACCCACGUCCGAUGAAAACGUCACUGUGAUGGACACAGAGUUCAGCGACGUUGCCGUCCGUCUGUACCUGCCCAGAAAGGCGUCUGACGGGCUGAGGAGGGCGGUGGUCUACUUCCAUGGUGGAGGAUGGUGCGUAGGACAGGCAGGCAUGAAAGGCUACGAUUACCUGACGAGGCAGACUUCGCAGAGGUUAAAUGCUGUCGUGGUAUCAGUCAACUACAGGUUGGCACCUCAGCACCAUUUUCCCGUUCAGUUUGAAGAUGUGUAUUCUGUAACGAAGUUCUUCCUCCAGAGCAGCGUCCUCUCCCAGUACGGGGUGGACCCAGACCGGGUCUGUGUUGCAGGAGACAGUGCGGGUGGCAACUUAGCUGCGGCUGUGGCACAGCAGCUGUUAGAGGACUCUGAAGUCAAAACUAAACUCAAAGUCCAGGCUCUGCUUUACCCUGCUCUCCAAGCCCUUGACCUGAAUUUACCAUCUUACCGACAGAAUGAAAACAAGCCCAUUUUGCCCAAGUUGCUUAUGGUCAAGUUCUGGAGUGAAUAUUUCACUUCUGAUUUGUCUCUCCGGGAAGCGAUGGCCUCCAACAGGCACGUCCCGCUUGAAUCCAGCCACUUGUUUCAGUUUGUCAACUGGAGCAAUCUGCUGCCUGAAGAGCUGAAGAAGGAUCACGUUUACACCAGUCCCACCUACGGAAGCCCCGAGCUCGCACGGAAGUACCCGGGGUUUCUGGACCCGAGGGCGGCCCCGCUGCUGGCGAGCGAUGCCCGGCUACGUGGGCUGCCCCUCACCUACCUCCUCACCUGCGAGCACGAUGUCUUACGGGAUGACGGAGUCAUGUAUGCCAGGCGCCUCCAGGCAGUGGGCGUUCCCAUCACGCAUGACCACGCCAAGGACGCCUUUCACGGGGCAAUGAUGUUUGUCUUGAGCCCAGCCAACCUAGCGGUAGGGCACCGGCUGCUGAACAGAUAUAUUGAGUGGUUGAACGAGAAUUUGUGAGUUGGGAAUGUUGCUCUGGUUAUGCCUGACUCGCGUUCACUGGGUGCGGCCGAGGAGCGUGGGAGAUCAGGAGCUACGUGAGUUUUUGGACAUGAUUGCUGUCUUCGUUGCGUUGCCCUGCAGCAUCUGGGUCACAGUGUUUCUCAUCUUCUCUGGCAGGAAAAUCAGUCUGAUUCUAACCUGAGUGUUCUUUCGGUGCUGUUGUCUGCGCUCAGAACCCCAUAACCCGCCGGGGCCGCCCUGGGAUUUCUCUCCUGGCCGAGACCAGAGGGUUGGUGUCCCCAGCCCUGCCCGCACGCUGCCGGGGCUUGCCUGAGACUUGAUGUCUUGCCUUGAUUGUUUCCUGUUUCUUCCUAGCGCAAUGUCUUCAUAGCGUGCAGGCUUGUGCAAAUGGGCACAGUCAUUGUUUGCACGUGGGAGGUGCUCGGUGGCCGCUCGCUCCCUUGUCCCGUGGGACGCACCGGCGAGGCCCCGCUGCCGCCGUGGGGCGAUGGGUGAGCGGAGACGUGGGGACCCGACUGACGCAGCGCGAGGCGGGCGGUGGUGAACCCUGCCCGUGGCACGUGGCUGCGGGGUUUGAGCCGCUGGCUCUUUCCAGCACAGCUCCAGGGACGUGCUUGAAAACUGAGUGUGAUGGCAGCAAUGGUGCGGAUGUUUGGGGUUUUUUGGGUUUGUUUGGGUUUUUUUAAAAAGUAUCUCUUGCUAGGUAAUCACUUUCUUUAAUCCCUGCACUAGAAGGAAAUAAUGUAACAAAACAGCACUGGGUAUUCAUCAGGUAAAGGAAGACUGUGAAGCCUUACGAUAGCAUUGCUGCGUGUUUUAUGCUCUAAUUAUCAAAUAAGCUAUGUAUUACGUAAUCUAAUUAUCCUUAAAACUGUUUAGCAGCUUUUACAGAUGAAUUUUGAAAAAUACAAUUAGCUUUAUAGGCUUGAAAAAGAAACACAAUUCAGCUGUCAGUCUUGAACAAAUAUCCUCUAUGUGUUUUGUGUAUUAAAUAUAAACCCUAAAAGUUUUGAAUGAGUGCACACAUUGGUUGGGUAUUAGUUUUAAACUGAUCACAACACACCACAAACGUGCACUUCUAGCAUCCUGCUUUUUUCUUUUGCAUAAAAGAUACUGAGUCUUGAAUAAUUCUGAUUUUUUCUGAGUGUGCGUGCAGCCAGUUGAGAUGGAACGUUUAUGGAAUGAUUGCUAUGUUUUUCUUUCAUCUUUAUUAUGUUGAAUAUAAACAUUAAACUUGUCUUUGAUUCCAGCAAUGUA